AUGGCUCGUACUAAGCAGACAGCAAGGAAAUCCACCGGAGGAAAGGCUCCAAGGAAGCAGCUGGCCACCAAAGCAGCAAGAAAGUCGGCUCCGGCGACCGGAGGGGUGAAGAAGCCACACAGAUUCAGGCCAGGAACCGUAGCUCUUCGAGAAAUCAGAAAGUAUCAGAAGAGCACUGAGUUGUUGAUCAGGAAGCUGCCGUUUCAGAGGCUUGUGAGGGAAAUCGCUCAGGAUUUCAAGACGGAUCUUCGAUUUCAGAGCUCUGCUGUUGCUGCACUACAGGAGGCAUCUGAGGCGUACCUAGUUGGAUUGUUUGAGGAUACGAACUUAUGCGCGAUUCAUGCUAAGAGAGUCACUAUUAUGCCUAAGGAUAUGCAACUCGCUCGUAGGAUCCGUGGUGAGAGAGCUUAA